CACGGUUGGGCUGGUUACUGUGGCUCCGGUGCUUCAGUGUUCAGUGUAGCUGUAGCCGCAGCAGGAGAAGCAAGCUGUGGGUUUGUCCAGGAGCGGAGAGCUCGGUAACGGCUCUGGCUGGAGGAUGAAGCGGGAACCGGGACCUUGAGGGAACGGAGAGAGAUGGAGACUAACGACGGCAAGGAUGUGAAGUUGUCGGCCGAGGUCGAGCCGUUUAUUCCCCAGAAGAAAGGAGUGGACUCCAGCCUGCUGAGCAUGAGUGUGUGUGGAGAGGGCGGCGGGGGGGCUGAGCCAACUCCAAUCCCGUCAUACCUCAUCACUUGCUACCCCUUCGUACAGGAGAACCAACCCAACAGUAGGCAGUUGCCGGUAUAUAAUGGGGAUCUGCGCUGGCAGCAGCCUGGUACUGCCCCCGGUGGUCCUUACCUGGCGUACCCCAUCCUGUCCUCCCCGCAGCCCCCCGUCUCUAACGACUACACUUACUACCAGAUUAUGCCGGCUCCCUGUCCCCCCGUCAUGGGCUUCUAUCAGCCCUUCCCCAGCCCAUACGCCGGACCCCUGCAGCCCAGCGUGGUCAACCCCGUAACAGAUGGCUGUGAGAGACCCCCCCCACAAACCCAGCCCUUUGGAAUGGCCGCUCAGAGAGGGAGGGGCAUGGGGCGAGCCCCCGUAUUGCCCAAGCAGAUGGCUCAGCCAAUCAGAGCGAAGCGGCCUGUAAUGCGUAGCGUUGCGGUGCAGAAGGAGGUGGGCGCCGCAGGGCCUGAUGGGAGACCGCGGACGGUGCUGCUGGUGGAUGCCGCGCAGCAGACCGAUUUCCCUGGGGAAGCGUGUGGCGGCAGCAGCAGCAGCAGCAGGUGUGCUUCAGACGGUGGGCUGCAGUGGAGGGGUAAACCCCGGCGCAGGCGCGUUUCCCAGCCGGCCGAAUCGUCCAGCGAGCAAGGGGCCAGCGAGGCUGAUAUAGACAGUGACAGUGGUUACUGCAGUCCCAAACACAACCACCAGGGGGCAGCAAACCGCAGCAACCAGCACACCAACACACUGGGUGUGGAGGCGGGAGUAAUGACUGCAGUUAGCUGGGUGAAUGCAGCGUCCCAGGCUGGUCAGAAGCCAUGGUCAGACAGAGCCUCGCCCUUCCACAGAAACAAAAUACCUGACCAGAGGAGCUACCCACAGGAGUUCCCGAUGGGUUUUGGUGGCCGCGUUGGGGGAGUAACGGAGCGAGGGCCAGUGGGUGGUCAGCGAAGAGUCCAGCAGAGCGUUCAGCCCACCACACACACCCCCAGCACCCCCAGCAUCACGAACACACCCAGCACCUCCAAUAACGAUCACACACCUGAACCCCUCUACUUCCAGGACGAGGAGGAGUUUCCUGACCUGGCCACAGGGGGCGCAGUGCAGCGGAACAAACCGGAACAAGUCCAGCUCAAACUGCCCAAACCUCUGUUGGAUAACCUUCCGGAGAAUUCCCCAAUCAACAUCGUCCAGACGCCGAUCCCCAUCACCACCUCAGUGCCCAAACGAGCCAAAAGCCAACGCAAAAAAGCCCUCGCAGCAGCUCUGGCUACGGCACAGGAGUACUCCGAAAUCAGCAUGGAGCAGAAAAAACUACAGGAGGCCCUGACGAAAGCCGCGGGAAAGAAGAGCCGGACCCCAGUGCAGCUGGAUCUGGGAGACAUGCUGGCGGCUCUAGAGAAACAGCAGCAGGCUAUGAAGGCUCGACAGCUUAACAACACUAAGCCAUUAUCAUACACAGUGGGGACGACCUCAGUGUUCCACAGUAAGGAUGCGGUCAGUAAAGGUGUGAUAAAGACUCCAUACACACCCCCCCACAACAUGCUGGACUCCACCCCACCUCGAAUAAAGAGGGGUAAAGAGAGAGAAGUUCCCAAAGUGAAAAGACCCACAGCACUUAAGAAGGUGAUCCUGAAGGAGCGUGAGGUGAAGAAGGCGAAGCUGUGUGUGGAUCAGCCGGCAGGAACCGAAGAACAGCCUGACGACGACCUGAACUUCACCGACACCCUCACACAGGAAAUGGUCUCACAGGAAGAGAAUGGUCUGAGCAUGCCCAGUGAUGCCUCGCUCUCUCCGGCCAGUCAGAACUCUCCCUACAGCAUCACUCCGGUCUCUCAGGGUUCCCCCGCCAGCUCUGGCAUCGGCAGCCCUAUGGCAACCUCCGCCAUCACCAAAAUACACAGCAGGAGAUUCAGAGAGUACUGUAACCAGGUUCUGAAUAAGGAGAUAGAUGAGAGCGUGACUCUGCUGCUGCAGGAGCUGGUGCGCUUCCAGGAGCGCGUGUACCAGAAAGAACCAGCUAAAGCUAAAGCUAAACGCCGCCUCGUCAUGGGCCUCAGAGAAGUCACCAAGCACAUGAAGCUCAACAAGAUCAGAUGUGUCAUCAUCUCCCCGAACUGUGAAAAGAUCCAGGCCAAGGGCGGUCUGGACGAGGCUCUGUAUAACGUGAUUGCGAUGGCACGGGAGCAGGAGAUCCCGUUUGUUUUUGCUUUGGGUCGUAAAGCGCUGGGCCGCUGCGUCAACAAACUCGUCCCUGUCAGCGUGGUUGGCAUCUUCAACUAUUCAGGAGCAGAGGCUCUGUUUAACCGGCUGGUGUCUCUGACGGAGGAGGCGCGGAGGGCGUAUAAGGAGAUGGUGUCGGCUCUGGAGCAGGAGCAGGCGGAGGAGGCUCUGAAAAACGUCAAAAAGGUUUCACACCACAUGGGGCACUCCCGAAACCCAUCAGCUGCAUCCGCCAUAUCCUUCUGCAGCGUCAUCUCCGAACCCAUCUCGGAGGUCAAUGAGAAGGAAUACGAAACCAACUGGCGUACAAUGGUGGAGAACUCAGACGGUCUAGAGCCACUGGAGAACGAAUCUGCCAACAAAACGUCCAGCGGGGCGAAAGAGAGCGAGAGGACGUCACACACUCCUCCCGCAGAGCCAGCGUCCACGCAGCCCGCACACACACACCCCCCGGGGCCGGAGGGACAGGACCGGCUGGAGUGGGCGUCGCAGCAGAGCACAGAGACGGGGUCUCUGGACGGCAGCUGCAGGGGCCUGUUAAACUCCUCCAUCACCAGCACCAGCAGCACCCUCGUCCCCGGCAUGCUGGAGGAAGAAGAGGAGGAUGACGAUGACGAUGAAGAUUAUACUCCAGAGCCCAUCCUGGUGGAGGUGCCCCCACUUAGCAGCAUGAUCGAAACGUGGGUCAGCACAACUCUGGAAAACCUGCAGCUGUCCGGCAAGAGCCGCCACGGCUCCGAGGAGGAAGAAGAGGAUGAGGACGAGGAAGACGUGGGCGGAGUGAGCGAUGAUGAAGAUGAGGUCGAUUUAUCGGAUCUCACAGAACCGGCUGUGGACGACAAGCAGACAGCAGAGGCUCAGAACACCAGCGGCUGAGGGAGCAGCACAAACACAUAAACAUACAUUUUUUAGCUCCACUUGCUCAGCUAACCUGGCCAUUUUAUUAGAAACACCUGCAUACAGCUGCACAUGUUACUAUGCUACCAUGCUGCGUCCAUGCUAAGAGGUCCACCACCCAAUAAUAUCUGGACACAUAUUUAUUAGAGAUGCACAGUUAGAAUCUAGGUGGAAUCAGAUUUUUUGCUUAGAUCUAAUUUCUCUAACUUGAUUGUUCACAUUUGUUUGACUCAAAUCUGUCAUUAAUGUGAACCUGCAUCCUGAAACACUUGCAUCCUAAUUAAUAACGUCACGUAAACUUGCUCAGAAAAACACUAAUAUUACAAUACACACAAAUUAUAUGAAUACAGUGACUAUGUAUUGUAUUAAUGUAUUUAAGUUGUGAUAUUAAAUGUAAUAUUAGUGUUUUUCAGUACAUGGUAGGUGUUUCUGAUAUAAUGGCCAGUGAGGUAGGUGGACCUAAUAAACACACACAUACACACACACACAUACAUACACACACACACACACACACACACACACACACACACACACACAGCUGAGUCUCCCUCUUCACACUUGAAUGGAAUGGAAAAGGAUCAUCUCCCUGAUCUAAAAUGUCUCCAACACAGUCAAUAGGCUUGAUGAUGAUGAUGAUGAUGAUGAUGACGAAGGCUCACUUUCUAGUUCAGUGUAACAACCAAACUCUUUCGUAUUCCCUGCUCUCUCUCUCUCUCCCCUCUGCAGCAUAUUUUACAUUAUUUUCACAGCAACAAAAACUCAGGAAACAACCAGGACUAACCAAACACACACACUACCAGUCAAACGUGUGGACACACUUAAAAUGUGUUUCUUUAAUGUCUUAAAGGCAGUUCGAUCUGAAGGCUUAUUCUGACAUGCAAAUGAAUGAACAUGCAUAUUAAAAGGCCCAUAAUCAUGGAAACCUGA